CUCCAACACCACACUCACACUUACGAGAUCACGUGCUUCAUGCAUCACAAUACACGCUUCAUUAUUCUCUUCCGGGUGCCGGCGGCCUUGGGUGCCGCCACCGCCGCCGCAAGCUCCGCCGUCCGCGAAGAAGGUCCCUUUCACGGUGUCGGUUCACGGCAAGACGUGGCAGGAUCGUUAUCACUGGAUGUGCAACACCGACGACCCGGAUCUGUUGGAUCAUCUCAACCGCGAAAACAGCUAUGCCGAAGCUUUCAUGGCUGACACCUGCAAACUACGCUCCGCGUUGUCCUCCGAGAUGAAGACCCGAUCACCCGCCACCAUUUCCACUCCCCCUGAGCGUUGGGGACCCUGGUUGUAUUACCAAUACAUUCCAGAGGGGAAGGAAUAUCCUGUGCUAUGUAGGAAGCUGGAGACAGAGAGAAUUGGUUGGUUGAAUAGUUUGCUUGACUAUGGAAUGGCAGGAACAAAAAAGGAGGAGAUUUUGCUUGACUGGAAUGAACUCGCAGAGAAAUAUGGGUAUGUCCAUGUUGGAACAUGUAGAGUUUCACCUGACCACAACUAUCUAGCAUACACUCUUGAUAUUUCUGGUGGAGAACGGUUCAUGCUUCAGGUAAAAGACCUCAGAAAUGGAUUAAUAGACUCGAAACUGGAAGUUGAUGGUGUUGUUAGCUUGGCCUGGGCUCAAGAUGCAAGUUCUCUGUUUUAUACACUGUCAGAUGAAAACCAGCGACCUUACAGGGUUCUCUGCAGAAAACUUGGAUAUGAUCAUGUGAAUGAUCUCCCAGUAUUUACUGAAAGCGAUUCCAGUUUUUGUGUGGACAUAACAAGCACAAAAGAUGGCAAGUUCAUAACUGUGAAUUCAAACUCAAGGACUUCAUCGGAGGUUUAUGUUAUAGACUCGGCCAAUCCAAUGGAUGGUUUACAAAGAAUAUGCAAACGUACUUCUGGUGUGCAGUACUUUGUGGAACAUCACUCUGGUUUAUUUUAUAUCCUUACCAAUGCUCCUAUGCCUGAUGGUCAAUGGUCUGGUGAAGAUUAUUACCUGGUCAGAUGCCAAGUUGAAGAUAUACAGUCAGCUAAAUUGCAGAAUAUCAUCCUUCCUGAUAAAGAUACGAGCCUAUGUGAUAUGGACAUUUUUAAUGGACAUCUGGUUCUUUUCCUCAAUAAGAAAGGUCUUCCUCUGUUAUGUUCCUUGAACGUUCCUAUCGAAAAUGACUUCAAGCAUCAAGUGUAUAUUCAAGACUUGAAACCAUGGUACUUUCCUCUGCCAUCAAACGCAUGCAGUGCCACUCCUGGUUCAAAUCAUGACUUCCUGAAUACGGUUUAUCGUGUGGUGCUUUCAUCACCUGUGAUGCCGGAUGUAAUUGUUGACUAUGACAUGUCUAGAUAUACAUAUUCAAUUGUGCAUCAAGAGGAAGUGAAUUGUGAUUCUGUUGGCCAGUCAUACAUCUCAGCUUUUGAGCUAAAUAAUAAUAAAAUUCAAGAGGCACCUAGUGAUAAGAAAGAGUGUGCCCCGAAUUCAGAUUCACAGAGAUGGAAGGACUUUUCUCAAGUGUACUGUUGUCAGAGGGAGGAAGUUAUUUCCCAUGAUGGUGCAAGGGUUCCACUAACCAUCGUGUACUCUAGAGAAUCCUGGCAGAAGGGUAAAUCCCCUGGACUUUUAGUAGGCUAUGGAGCAUAUGGAGAAGAUCUGGAUAAGAGCUGGUGUUCAGAUCGCCUGAGUUUACUGGACCGUGGUUGGGUUGUGGCAUUUGCUGAUGUAAGAGGUGGUGGUGGUGGAGGUCCUUCAUGGCAUAAAUCUGGGAGUGGGUUAGGCAAACACAAUUCAAUACUUGACUUUGUAUCUUGUGGCAACUACCUGGUUAAUGAGCGUUAUGUUCAGAGUGAUCAGCUAGGCGCUAUUGGAUGGAGUGCAGGCUGCCUUCUUGUUGGUGCAGCUAUGAAUAUGUAUCCCCAACUCUUUCGUGCUGCCAUAUUAAAGGUACCAUUUCUUGAUGUAUGCAACACAUUGUUGGAUCCCAGUCUGCCCCUCACAAUUUUGGAUUAUGAAGAAUUUGGAAAUCCUCAAAUACAGUCGCAAUUUGAUUCUAUUUUUAGUUAUUCUCCUUAUGACAACAUUCCUCAAGGCAGUUGCUUUCCUUCAGUUAUGGUUACAGCAGCAGUUAACGAUUCAAGGGUUGGAGUUUGGGAAGGUGCUAAGUGGGUAGCUAAAGUACGAGAUAGUACCUGCUCUCAUUGUUCUCAUGCCGUUAUCAUGAAAACAAGUAUGAUAGGAGGGCAUUUUGGGGAAGGUGGUCGCUACGCUCAAUGUGAUGAAACAGCUUAUGAGUGUGCUUUCCUCAUGAAAGCUUUUGGGAUUUUAAAUGAAGAAUAAAUUAAUUUAUUAGGGCUGCUGUUGGAGGGCAUUUUGUAUCAUUGGAAGAUUUCCAUUUGGGUCAAGGACUAUCCUCCUAGUUCACUGUCAAUACCCAGGCUUGAGGGACGUAGAUAAGUUUGAGCAUCUAUUCUUAUUUUGUAGGUUCUAUUUGUGUAGCUAAAUCACUGAGCUCUCCAUUAUCGUUCUUUCUAGAGGAAAAAAGCACUUGGAUAUGUGCUGAGUUAGCAAGCUUUGCUGUUUGGAGAGAGGGAGAUGAUGAGACUAUAACAUGAUGUUACCAGUUUAUCCUCGUAUGACAUUAAGAGAUUUCGUAACUAACUGGGAAAAUCAAAAUAUGAUUUGAAGUUUUUAACUUGUUAUGCAGAAACUUCCUAUUUGUUAAGCACUUUGCAUAAUCUUCCUCCCUGUGCGAGGUGGGGGUGUUGGGGGAUGGAAACCGACUUUGUAGUUCUGUAUGGUUCAUUUUAAUGCCAGAAAUUGAAGCAUUUAUGAGUGAAGGCUGAAAAGUGCAUGCAGAAUUCCCACUUUAACUUCCAACAAGAGUUGUUGGGGUGAAUGGUGAUAGUGCAGAGCCAGAAUUCCAGUUCCUGAUGUCAUACAUGAAAUGACAUCUUACAGACUUCAGAUGACCUAAUUUGUUCAGGUCCUUUCGUUUUAAGAGUUAUAAUUCUAGAGUUUCAUGAACUUUUGUUCAUAGUGAGGCAUAUAAAAGUAAUAUUUUUCGAUUAACCCUUUGCAUAAUAUUAUGUGUUCCUCUGCAAUCA